UAAAGAGACAUCCUGGAAGCGGAAGUGACGGGUUUUCGCGUUUCCGAGCGACGCUGUCCGAGGCCUGCCCGCGUGUCUAGGAAACGGGCAAAGGAGGGCGCCGCCGACUUUUCCUCUCUCCGCUUCCGCGGGUUCUUGCGUGGCGAUGGCGGUCAGGGCUAGUUUCGAGAACAACAACGAGAUCGGCUGCUUCGCCAAACUCACCAACGCCUAUUGCCUGGUGGCCAUCGGGGGCUCCGAGGGCUUUUACAGUGUGUUUGAAGGGGAACUUUCUGAUACCAUCCCUGUAGUCCAUGCAUCUAUUGCUGGAUGUCGGAUCAUUGGCAGAAUGUGUGUGGGAAACAGGCAUGGGUUGUUAGUCCCAAACAAUACCACAGACCAGGAGCUUCAGCACAUCCGAAACAGCCUCCCAGACUCAGUGAGAAUCCAGCGAGUGGAAGAACGCCUUUCAGCCCUGGGCAACGUCACUACAUGCAACGACUACGUCGCACUUGUCCAUCCAGACAUUGACAGAGAGACAGAAGAGAUUUUAGCAGAUGUACUCAAAGUGGAAGUAUUCAGACAGACAGUAGCAGACCAAGUGCUGGUGGGAAGCUACUGUGCCUUCAGUAACCAAGGAGGACUAGUGCAUCCAAAGACAUCCAUUGAAGACCAGGAUGAGCUCUCCUCAUUGCUACAAGUUCCCCUUGUGGCUGGGACUGUUAACCGUGGUAGCGAGGUGAUUGCAGCUGGAAUGGUUGUGAAUGACUGGUGUGCCUUCUGUGGUCUGGACACGACCAGUACAGAGUUAUCGGUUAUUGAGAGUGUCUUCAAACUCAACGAAGCACAGCCAAGUACCAUUGCUACAAAUAUGAGGGAUUCUUUGAUUGACAGCUUGACAUGAUGUGUUCCCUGGCCUCUGGAGGAGCGAAAUGCCUGAUUAUGAUCUUGACUGCUCGCUGAAGUUAAAUGUUCUGCUAUUACUCCUUCAGGCCUGAAACAGGAGGGGCUGCAACUGAACCAACACUGCAAAAUUGUUCAUUGUUAUAAAGUCCCUCUGGCAAACACUGAAAAAGAGGACCUCCUUUUGUCCCUCUUGUUACUACUUUGUUAAUGUCGUCAUCUGCUUUCAUUUAUUAAUGAAAUUAUAAAUCUUGACAGCUCUUGAGUUUGUUUAAAAGGCAACUCCUUACUGUAAUGCAUGUGAUAAUGUUUUAAAGGGCAUUCUGUCUUUCCUGUAUGUACCAACAUACUAUCUGAGCAGCCAUCCUUUCCUGCACAGAGGUGGACAAGAUCUUAUCUUUGGAGCUUUUCAAGGCACUAUCCACAUAACUGGGAGCUUGUAUUAUUUACUGUCUCACAUCCAUUUGAUAGCCAGAAGCUGUUGUCUACAGGAUUGGAAGAAAUAAUUGAGAUUGUCAGUAAGCUUUGCCAAUGCCCUAGAAUGAUGACUGUCUCUAGUCUGUCUAGAGGAGCUGUUUUGUCUAUGCUCAAGUUAUUCCAAGUCAAAGGUUGCUGUAUCUAUUAUAUCUGUGGUUCCCAACCUGGGGGCCUUCAGAUGUUGCUGUACUAAACUCCCAUCAUCCCCAAAUCAGUUGUAGCUGGGGAAGAUGGGAGUUGUAGUUGUGCAACAUCUGGAGGCCCCCAGGUUAGGAACCACUGCAUUAUAUAAUUAUAGAACCUGAUUCUUUGGCAGAAAUAGCUGAGUCUAGCUGAACAUAAUUAAGCUGCUAAUGUAUGUAUAUCCUUACCUGUUCUGUCAUGCCAAACCACUCUACCUGUGUUUUAAGCAUCCAGUCCAUGAUGAACUGUUUUGCUUUUCUGCUAGAUGGGGCUGGAAGAAACUUUAGAACUAGAUGGUUACAGCAUCUCAGUGAACCAAAAGAUGGUUAAAUCUUUUAAAAAGACAGAAGAGUGCUUGAAUGUUGAAUCUGGAAUUCUGCAUUCGGCUUAUCAAAAUCAUCGUGACGGAAGGCGUUCUUAAUGUUUAGCAUUAGAAAUCUCUCCUAUGGCUGCUGAAUAUUUUAGUACAUAGCUAUUUGCUUUCUCUUUCUUCCUCUACUGUCAGUGAUCAUGCCUAUUGCACUUAGAGAGUUGCAUAACAUCAGGCGAUAGAUCUUGCCUUACCAUGGCUGUGAUGUGAAAGCAGGCUUGUCCAUCUGAUGUAUGAAAGAGGGGCUUGGUGAGAGCAGUCAUUGUUUCACACAUUCUGUCAUGUCUCUCUGCUUCUGGCUGGACAGUGUACUCUAGAAUGAUGGUGUAGUGGAGAUAAUGGUGAAGCACACACAUUGCUUCUGGUCUUGGACUGCUGCUUAUGCUGACUCUGUUACUUUCUCUACUCUUCCCCUGCUGCACUGGAGCUUAUGAUGCUGGUGAAAAACAGUAACAAUUCACUAAACUUGGUGUUGGUAGGCUUGUGGUACAAGGCUACAGGUUAGCAACAUCUUAGCAUAGUAUAGCAAAUAAAAGUAUUCUCUGGCUUGUAGUUGGUAGUCCAUCACUACAAAAUAGUUGAAGCAGCUUAUGUGCCAGAAACAGUAUGGCAGUUACUAAAUUUUGCUGAUUGCAAUCCUGAAUAUUGAUUUCUAAUAAAACAAACACCAUCCAAAAAGCUUUAUAUUAGUCUAAACUUAGAGAGGCUGCUCUAGGACCAGAAAAGAGGAAGAGAAAAUGCUGUAUCCUAGAUAUAGCCACUGGUUACUCCAAUAUGUACAAAUUAAAGUGGCAUGAUGUUCAGUCAUAUCACUCACACAACUAGCAACUAAGAACUAUGGCUGUAGCUGACCAGACAUAGGGCCAGACAUGAUUUCGUGCAAUUGUGUUGGUCUGCUCUGUGCUGAGCAAUUGUAAGUAGCUGAACCAGCCCCUAAAUUUGAAAUCUUAAUGAACAGGUGAGCAAGAGGACUAUGUCGUAGUAACCAAUUGCAAAGAGAGGCUAUUUAGUUCCAUUAUUUUUAAACCUAUCUUAGUGUGUGCAGGAAAAGGGAUAACCGCAAGUAUGCUGUGGGGUGGAAGCUGGCUGACAUUACCAAUGAGAAAAUGUAAUGAGGGAAGCAAAAGGACUUAAACUGGAGUACUUUAUUUUACCAGAAAAUAAAAACAAGCUGCCUUAAAUUCAGCAUAUCUAUUCAAGUUGGAUCUAGGGCUGUCAUAACAGUUGACAGACUUACUGGAACAAUAAGCUGUGGAAUAGAUUCUUAAGAGGAUUUAGAAACAAAAUGAUGACAUGAAAAAUGUCAUGAAAGGCCUUUUUUAAAAAACAUCUGGAUAAAGAUUGUGGGGACAAAGGAAGACAAACUUCUUAAUAAACUUUGAUAUUUUGACUCUGCUAUAA